UUUCAAAGGCCUAAGUGUCCGCAAUCGCGCGACUUGGUCGAGUCAGGCCGAGUCUAGUGUGGAUAACCGACGUGCCCGACGGUACCGCCGUGCCCGACCUGGCCCGACUCUGCCCAACUUGAACUCGAGUUAGGAGCGUUUCAACCUGCCUAGACAGUCUCCCAACCUUACUGUCUCCACGCUUCAUGAAAUAACCCACACAGCCCACACAGCCCGCACAUCCGUACAGUACUUGUGCGACUUUGGCCGGUUGCGUGGCCUGCCGUCGUCGUUGUUCCAUGAGAACCACCACAUAGUUCAUUGAGUAAGCUUUCGAGUAUUAGGGGAGCUGGCUUGAAGGCAAGUAAGGCUGCAUACAGGAGCUUCAAGCUCGGCUUCAAGCUCGCGACACGAUGCGGCCCGGUCUCCACGUUGCGGCGCUGCUCGUCGCAGCCAUCACGAGCGCAGUAGCUUCUCCCGACAUCACCUGCACCGGGACCAUCUUCGUCAAGUCGGGCUACAGCGGUGCCAGCUAUGACAUCACGCUGACGCCGCAGGGCUACUCGGACCGGUCGUACGUGUGGGACCUCAAGGACGUGCCCUCGGGGGUUCCCGGCAAGCCCACCUGGGAUGACCUGGCCAACUCGCUCAAGCUGUCCUGCACCUGCCUGGACGACAGCACCGCCUCCUGCGCCGCCGACUACGAGAAGAUCAUCAUGCGCGUGUGGGCUGAGCCCGGCUCCCGCGGCCAGGGCGGCGGCGACUCCCUGGACGUGACCUGCGCCGCCUCCGCCGACGGCAAGAGCUGCGCCGGCGCCCUGAGCACCAUGCCCGCCGGCUGGGGCUCCCGCCUCUCGGCCGUGGCCAUCCUGUACAACAACGCCGGGUACACGCUGUCCAAGUCGCGACCCGAGACGCCCAUCACGCCCACAGGCGGCGUGCUCAAGCGCUUGCUUCAGUCGGAUGAUGAUGAUGACGACGAUGAUGACGAUGACGAUGACCGCAGCCCCUCGCCCAAGCCUUCACCCUCUCCCCAGCCCAGCCCCUCGCCCAAACCUUCGCCGUCCCCCAAGCCCAGCCCGUCGCCCCGGCCUAGCCCUUCACCUGACAACGAUGAUGAUGAUGACGAUGAUGAUGAUGAUGGCGACGACGAUGAUGAUGACCGCAGCCCCUCGCCCAAGCCUUCACCUUCUCCCCAGCCCAGCCCCUCGCCCAAACCUUCGCCGUCCCCCAAGCCCAGCCCGUCGCCCCGGCCUAGCCCUUCACCUGACAACGAUGAUGAUGAUGACGAUGAUGAUGAUGAUGAUGAUGGCGACGACGAUGAUGAUGACCGCAGCCCCUCGCCCAAGCCUUCACCUUCUCCCCAGCCCAGCCCCUCGCCAAAACCCUCGCCGUCCCCCAAGCCCAGCCCCUCGCCCCGGCCUAGCCCUUCACCUGACAAUGAUGACGACGACGACGAUGAUGAUGGCAACGACGAUGAUGAUGACCGCAGCCCCUCGCCCAAGCCUUCACCUUCUCCCCAGCCCAGCCCCUCGCCCAAACCCUCGCCGUCCCCCAAGCCCAGCCCCUCGCCCCGGCCUAGCCCUUCACCUGACAAUGAUGACGACGACGACGAUGAUGAUGGCAACGACGAUGAUGAUGACCGCAGCCCCUCGCCCAAGCCUUCACCUUCUCCCCAGCCCAGCCCCUCGCCCAAACCCUCGCCGUCCCCCAAGCCCAGCCCCUCGCCCCGGCCUAGCCCUUCACCUGACAAUGAUGACGACGACGACGAUGAUGAUGGCAACGACGAUGAUGAUGACCGCAGCCCCUCGCCCAAGCCUUCACCUUCUCCCCAGCCCAGCCCCUCGCCCAAACCCUCGCCGUCCCCCAAGCCCAGCCCCUCGCCCCGGCCUAGCCCUUCACCUGACAAUGAUGACGACGACGACGAUGAUGAUGGCAACGACGAUGAUGAUGACCGCAGCCCCUCGCCCAAGCCUUCACCUUCUCCCCAGCCCAGCCCCUCGCCCAAACCUUCGCCGUCCUCCAAGCCCAGCCCCUCGCCCCGGCCUAGCCCUUCACCUGACAAUGAUGACGAUGACGAUAACGACGACGACCGCAGCCCUUCUCCCAAGCCCAGCCCCUCGCCCAAGCCCUCCCCCAGCAGGCCCCCCCCCGGCAGUGGCAGGAGGAGGCCCAAUGGCCGGCCCAGGCCUGCCAGGAGGGUCAAUGGGCGCAACGGUCGCCGCCUACUGCUGUAGGCCGCUCCUGUGUCAUUUCCAUCCUCCGACGGUGCCCGGGAACCCAGUGCCCGCGGGCGGCGGCUCCGGCGGCGCCAUCCCGAAGUAAGACGAAGGGGCGUCGUCCCUGCUCAAGUGGUUGAGGCGGGGUGCCGGGGCGCGGGCCGCGUCCAGCAGGGCACUGGCGGGCAGGGGAGGGGGGUAUGCAACUCGGCCUGGAUCCAGCCCGGGCUGCAUACGCCCCUCCCCUGCUGGUGGGUCACACACAUGUAUGAGUCACGUGCACGUGGGCCAGCUGGCCAGCGCCUGGACAAAUGCAUGGGGCCCAACCCGGGGCACUUGCUUGGGAUGAUUGAAUGUGUAUGUUGAGAUGUCGGUCAGGACUAUGUAUAUAAGCUAGGCUACUCCGGCUAGGAUACAGCCGUAAACGUCCAACGAAUGGGAUCCAGUGUGUGCAUGGAUUGUGCCAUAUGCUAGUUUGCAUUAGCUUUCUGCAUUGUUUGAACGGUGUCUUGCGAAGAGGGAGGCAGUGGGCAGGCGGAGCGGCGAGCAGCUGAGGCGCAUGCAGCGGGGCCUGUAUGGCCGCCCAACUCCUAGACACGACAGCAGGUGUCGCGCGCAUGGGUUUGGUGUGGUUGGUACAAGUGGACGGCGUGUGUUAUGUGCCGUAGUGUUCUUGUGUUUGGUCACCUUGGUGUCAUCGUGCGCUGUCUAACUUUGCCGCAGUACGGUGUGCUGGGCGAUGUUUACUUGCUGUCAGGGCGGUGAGCCGAGAAGCGGGUUCUGGGAUGCCUGGGCUUGAUGGGUGCUAGUCUGAUAGAUCCUAACGUACGGCUGCCGACCAGGCUUCGUAGAGCCCAAGCCGCAAGGGAGCUUCGAAUGGCCGAUAGAUGCUGAGCAGGCAAAUGCACUAGUGCAAUGUCUUGAAGCGCUGUGACAAGCUGUAAUCUUGUAGCGCC